GGGGAACAGCUUGCUCUGCCGCUGUCAAUCCCACAAUGCACCUUGCGAACGUGACGCUCAAUUCGCAUAGGAAUGAAUUAAAAAGGCUCGCUACCCUUCGCUCCAGUGGAAACGUCCCAUUAGCGGAGUAAUGGAGCAACUGUCCCACAUCAUCUUCAGAUGACUGGAGCAAAAGACCGAAUGAGAGAGAAAAAGAUGAAAAAUCAGCCGAGAAAUGUUGUUUACAGUAACACAGGUCGCACUGCUGGGAGAGGUCAGGGGUCACAGGCAGGCGGCUGGGUCAGAGGUCAUCAGACUGGAGGUCAAAGUUACAGCCAAGAUCUGCCCAAAUACAUCACAGCGUGUCACUUCGCACGAGCGCGUGCUGCUGAACUGAACGCCAUGUUGAAGGCCGUCAGUAAACCCGCCGGCAGCUGUCACGUGUUCAAUGCGCUGCCCAAACACAUGCGCAGACGAGCCAUGAGUCACACCAGCAAGAGACUGCCGAUCCGUCUGCGAGAGGGCGCUCAGAGACUGACUGCACGCAGUCAACAAGCAACACAGAAAGAGAAGCAGCAGCAGCCCAAAAACAAGAGUCGUCGAGCUCGCCGUCGUCAUGGCAACCUGCUGCUGGAGUUUAAUCGCAGACAGAGGAAGAAUAAGUGGCUGGAGACCCACAUCUGGCACGUCAAACGCUUCCACAUGCUGAAGAGAUGGAAGUACUGUCUGCCACACACAAGCACCGCAAAGACCUUUAGAGCCAGUUACAGAGCCAUGAACACGCACGCAUUGCUGCAGGAUUUGUCAUAUUUCUGCUGUCUGGAGCUUCAGGGUUCUGAAGAACACAUUCUGAGAGCGCUCGCUCGAAUGACCAGCAAACAUACAGGUCCUACGUUUGCAGCAGCGUCGUGUCUCUCUGGUGCGCGUCAGGGAAACGUUCAUCUGUACAGAGCAGAUCAGUUUCCUCACGGCUCUUUGGGUUCUGCUGACUUCCUGUGGAGGCCCCGGGCCCCUGACACGACACACAGACAGCUGUGGAUCUGGAUCCAUCCGGCCCUUAAACAGGAUGUGCUCUCAGAGCUGCAGUUAGUGUGUCAGUGUUUUCAGGUUGUGUCCAACUAUAAGGAAUCUCAUCUCGUUGAGGAGGUGUCUGCAGGGAGGAAGAGGAAGAGAGAUGAUGAUGGUGACAUUGAGCGUCCCUCUAAAAAGCUCUUGGGUGACGUGACACAACCUGCCGGGACGCCUGUGAGCUGGAACUCCAGUGAGACCAGCGUGACCAUCAGUGACCUCACCAUGGAGAUCUUGCGCUAUCGUUUGAUCGGUCCUCUGGCCCACAGAGUGCUCACAGACACACUUCAGCCAGCCAAUGAGGAUCAAGAGUCGCUCGAGCCGCAGAGUUUCUGGUGGACCAAUCACAGUCGAGAUCAGAGACUCAUGAACCUCCAUCGACAACAGGCCGAAAUAUUCAAUCUUCUGAGAGGUGUGUGUUCAACAGCAGAGCUCUCGGCAGGUUGUGUGUUGGGACUGACUGUAGACGACCCCAGACUCACUUUACCUCAGAAACGUGGUAAAAUCACCUCUGACCUGCAGCAGAGUACAGAUGAUCGUCGUGUGAGGGAUUUGAUUCUCAGAGGAGUUGCAGCUGACUGCAGUGAGAGUGCGGUGUGGGAUGCGUCUGUCCGAGAUAAUGUGACGCACAACCGCAUGUCAGAGCAGGAGCUGAACAGGAUGAGGAGCGAGCUGUUGGUUCCAGGUUCGAGUCUGUCUGCUGCUGCUCAGUCUCGUGUGCCGGUGCUGUUGGUUCAUCACGCGGGUCGCAUGCGUGGCGUGGAGCGUCUGCACUGGGGCUGCGGCUGGGAUCUGCUUUUGCCCAAGGGAUGGGGAAUGGCAUUCUGGGUGCCUCUGGUGUAUCGUGGCGUGCGUGUCGGUGGUCUUCACAUGAGUCUCAAACACUCGCAGUUUAAAGGCGAGCCGCACUUCCCGCACGAUUACCCAGACUGCCCUGCAGGCACGCUCUUCCAAUCAGAACAGGAGGCAGAGCUUCUAGAAAAGUUUAAAAGACGCCCUCCGUCAAAACGCACCAACUACAUCAAACACGGGUGCCUGGCACCAUUCAUUUGCCCCUGGCAACAGCUGGCAGAGGAGUGGGAGGAGCUACUGAAGCUGAACGAAGAGCCCGCGAGCAGCUGCAGAACUGAACCGCCAGACUUCACUGUUCUGAGGAGCGUGAAGGUUUUGCGGCAGCUGUCAUCGUGGUGUCGCCCCCCUCGCGGUCAGCGAGCGUCACACAGGAACUCUCCUCUGCCUCUGACCCAUGUGACGGCUGCGGCGUUGCGGCAGGAAUGGGGGCGCAGUCUGGUGUGGGUGCGUCUGCGUUUGUUGAGUAAAGGACAGCCAGCGCUGCACGCCAUGGUGUGCGUUCCCACGACCUCUGACCUCCAGGUGCUGCUCAAAGAUGGACGCAGCAGCGGCCCACAGGAGCCCCGACACAAAGACCACCUGAAAGACCUGCGCAAGUGCAAAGCCAGCCCCGCCCCUAAAAAUAAAGACUCCACCCCUAAAGACUCUGACCCCCCACCUUCUGUGAUCCGUUCAUCACUUGUUCGGGGGGUGUGGCCGCCGCCGCUGCCGAGCGUGCUGUCUCACUGCAGUCGUGUGACGCUGGGCUGGGUGCAGCAGGGUGAUUUCUCUCUGGCGGCGGGCAGCGGCGAGGCGCUGGCGUUCAUCAGCGUGUCUGGACUGUUACACACACUCCUUCAGCAGCCGCGGGAGCAGCGUGGUGUCGUUCUGCUGCGGAACCCCUCAUCACUGCAGUACCGGUACGCUCAGAUCAGCAUCGAUAUUUAAAGAAUGUCACGUGACCGAGCCGCACUGUGAUGCGUUCAACACCGUAUACAUCCUGUUUGUGUCGCAUCUCAAAGACUCGAUGUGCAGCAGUGCAUGUGCUGAAACUAUUUACAUUUACUUCGGAGUUUUAAUUUAUAGUUUAUUUUAAGUGCUCUGAUAUUUAUGAAUGUGUGAGAGACGCGGUUCUGAUUUACUGUGACCAAAUUAUGAUUUCAGCAUCAUGUUUCAUUAAAUACUUCAUUAAUUUCUGUUUAGGUCACACACAUGAAUGUUAAUGAAUAAAUCUUCCAGUUGAUAGAGAUAAAAUAUGAUCUUUGCCCUGAUUAUUUCA